GGGCUGCGGGCGCUGAGGUAGGGACUGCGGCGGCGGGCGAAGGGGGACGAGUCCCGCGUGGGACUCGGCUGCCCCGAAGCGGGACGCGUCUUCCGAGGGGACGCGCGCGUGGACGCCACGCCGCCGAGCCGUUCUCCAAAGCCGAGCCCCCGAGAGGAGGGGCUCGCCCCAGCCAGCAUUGUCUUUUAGGCCGGACGUCCAUACAGCAAACUUUCGGGUUGGAAAGCGGGAAGGAUUCCGGGUGGGCGAGCGGAUGGUGCCGACCGCUUCUUGGCCACAACCACAGCAGCCGAGCUCAUCCCUGUGUGGAGUUGGGGGGACCACCAUGGCGUCCCCUCCCGACUGGCUUUUCUAAUGCUGCUUUAAACUUUUUGAGGUUGUGAGUUUUCGGAGGAGUCGAGAGGUAUUUUCCCGAUCGAACUCUGCGCUCCGUUUUCCUGAUGUGCUCCGGUACUCGGGGGCGAGCCGUGAAGCGAGAGACAGAGUAGACAGACAGGCUGCUGGAAGAUUGCAGAUUCUGGGGUAGGAAAGAACUGGACAGUGGAGCCUGAAGAUUUGAAAUGUUAGUUUUCCGGUAGCUAUCCACCGUGAAACGUACCAGCUCUCGGUCGUAACAUCCUGUUCGGGGCUUUUGAUUGACCAGAUUAAUGUAAAGUAGACGUGGAUAUAGUUUCUUUACCACCCAGGUUAGCCCUAAGAUGUGCACUGCAGUACAGAUGUUGGUUGCAAAAGGAGGAAAAGUUAGUUGGAACUCCGGAGAGUAAACCGCUUGCUCUGGGUGCCUUUGUUGGUAUCAUCAUAUAGAGAGGUCUCUCUUAUUUCAGAAAGCUUUGCUAGGGUUCCAGGGCUGGGACACAUGACUUCUUACUUAGUUGUGCCACUUCUAUUCAGGUUUUAUGUGUUAAAAUUAGCCAUAGCACUAAUGCUUAGUCUUUCAGACUUGUGGGCAUUAUGUAGUUAGGUUUUUCUAAGUUGUACAGGUUUGAUCUGUCCUAAAGUCUUUAUUUGACGUCCAGAUUAGUCAUCUGACCUUAUGAAGUAAAAUGUUCCUGUUUUAGGAGUUGCAAACUGCCUGUUUCCUCAGUCUUCUCACGUUGUGAAUUUUUUCUUAUUUUCAUGCUUUCCCUACUCAUACCUCUCUCACUUGCAUAUUAAGUUAAUGUUAAUUUCUUACCUAAUACAACCAAAAUAACAAUUACUCUUGAAAAAAAAUCUUUCAUAAAUACUUCCUCACUUUUAGAGUUGAGCCAAGUAUGUACAACACUGAUAGUGCCCCAUUCCCCAGACCUAGGAGGAAACUACAUUUAGAGCAGUUCUGUAGAUUAUUUGCUCAAAUGUUAGGAAUUGAAACUGGGAGGAGCAGAUGUUUUACUCUUAGACCAGGGACUCUUCGACUCUUCUUACAUAAAGUUCACAGUGAGUUUUCCAUAUGAGUGCUUUUUUUUUUUUUUAAAUCCCUUUGGAUCAAGAUUGAACCUGUCACACUGCCACUUGCCUCCAGCAAGCUAUAUCUCCAGUCUCCAUCUCCCUGUUAUUUAAUCAAGGAACUCAGUGUGUGUGGAACCAGUUAGGAUGCUCCGGCUUUCCUGAAGAUCAUUAUGGAUCCAAGCCUAUUGAGAGAUCGAGAGCUGUUCAAAAAACGAGCUCUUUCCACUCCUGUGGUAGAAAAACGUGCUGUGCCUUCUGAGUCACCCUCCUCCUCCUCAUCCAAGAAGAAGAAGGCAAAAGUCGAACAUGGAGGAUCCUCAGGCUCUAAACAAAAUUCAGAUCAUAACAAUGGAUCAUUUAACUUGAAAGCUCUGUCUGGAAGCUCUGGAUAUAAGUUCGGUGUUCUUGCUAAGAUUGUGAAUUAUAUGAAAACACGACAUCAGCGGGGAGAUACACAUCCUCUAACGUUGGAAGAGAUUCUGGAUGAGACACAGCACUUAGACAUCGGACUCAAGCAGAAACAGUGGCUGAUGACGGAGGCUUUAGUCAACAAUCCUAAAAUUGAAGUAGUGGAUGGGAAAUAUGCCUUCAAACCUAAGUACAACUUGAAAGAUAAGAAGGCCCUGCUUAGGCUUUUAGACAAUCAUGACCAGCGGGGACUAGGAGGAAUUCUCUUAGAAGACAUAGAAGAGGGACUGCCUAAUUCCCAGAAAGCUGUCAAGGCUUUAGGGGACCAGAUACUAUUUGUAAGUCGUCCUGAUAAGAAGAAAAUACUAUUCUUCAAUGAUAAAAGCUGUCAGUUUUCUGUGGAUGAAGAAUUCCAGAAACUGUGGAGGAGUGUCACUGUGGAUUCAAUGGAUGAGGAGAAAAUUGAAGAGUAUCUGAAGCGACAGGGUAUUUCUUCCAUGCAGGAAUCUGGACCAAAGAAAGUGGCCUCUAUUCAGAGAAGGAAAAAGCCUGCUUCACAGAAAAAGCGACGGUUUAAGACUCACAAUGAACACUUGGCUGGAGUGCUGAAGGAUUACUCGGACAUUACCCCGGGCAAAUAGGGAACACUUUUAUUCCUAAACACAGUUACAGACACGCAGUCGAGAUCUUUCUUGAUGCUUGGGAUCUCAAGACUGUCUGCCUUCCUGCCUGCUCCUCAGGCCUGAGAGAGGAGCUGCUCAGUUUACAGAACAGGAGCGGGUUACCAGACUCAUUCUUUUCAUCCAGCAGGCUAGUGGGAAGGAAUGGGUGUUCCUGUUUAACUUUCUGGGUUUGUUUGUUUUAUUUUAUUAGAAAGACACUUAUAUGACACUCAGGUGUCUGCUAUUUAUCUUGAUUUCUAAAUGGUUCUGGAUUCCAUGUUUUCUCUAUUCGUUUAGAAGAAGUUGGAGGAUGGUGCUGAAUGCAGUUUUGUUUAUUCCAAGAAAAAAUAUUUAUAAUAAAAUCAUUUGUAGGAAGAUGUUUAAGAAGUUAGGAAAUUCAGUUUGUCUCUUACUUCUUGAAAAUGGCAGGGAGCAGCUGCAGCCCCUGACUUGUCUGGGGGGAUGUUUAGGAUAUGACAGAGGUUAGAGUCAGUACUGUUGGCGUAAGGAUUUCAUCUUUGGAACACAGGGUAUGCCUCUGGUUAAUAAGCUAAGCAAUAAAAUUACACGAAAUAUAAA